GAUCUAGACUUGGUCUAAUGAAGGCACAAUCACAUGUUGGGGUUCAACAGGCAUAACGUUUCCAGCAGGGUGGCAGAGACAUGCAGCAAUAACUGAUCUACAAAGCAGUGGGAUUACAUGUAAGUGUCUCCUGGGUCCAGCUGUCCAGCAGCAUGUUAAGGCACUGGGGUUUUGCUGUGUUUCUGCUGACCGUCCCCAUACCGGUCCAAUCCAGACCCACUAACACUCUCGGCAACAGACAGAGACGUUCAGUAAGUCACGCUCAGAUGAUGCACGACCGCGGUCGAUCCCUGCAGGAGAGGAAGAGGCGUUUUUGGAUACAGGAACUCCUAGAGCAGGUGCACACGGCGCAGGUGUGGGACUCACCCAAUCAGAGCGAAGGAAGUGUCCAGACCCUCCCCUGUUCUGACGCCCAUCGACCCAAACACACCAGCAGCACCAAAAACUUUCCUAUGGGCUUUCAGUUGGAGAGUGUGGGGACGAGAGACGACCUUCCUCAGGAGACCAGCAAGACCAUGAGAUAUGAGGAACAGCCACUGAAAGCUGUGACGAAGAGGAAAAGGAAGAUGUGUUUGGGCAGAUGGAGAGAUCCAGACAGGAGGAGAGACUGGGGGUGUGGCUUCCAAAUAUAAAUACCAGUGAGAGAUCAAUAAAAUAGCCAAGACCAAAUCCAUUGAUUUCAAUGUGGAUGGUGCGUUGCAAGGACUUAAUGCAAGGGUUUGCGGAGAUGACGCUCCGUUGUGCAACCAAAAGUUUGUAUACCAAUUAAUACGUUGACCAGUCUGUUGAUUUCAGAUAGGUGGGUCCAGUUUGGCUUUCGGAAAUCAAAUUUGCUGUAUUCCUGCUUGAUUUCAAACUGAUCUGGCUCCUUCCACACCUUGAAGAGAGCUUUCUAUAGUGUGUAAGCACCCUAAAGGAGCAUUCACACUGACAUUUCAAGUGUCCAUGUAACUGGAAAUCGUUCAUUUUCAACGUGAGUAGAUGAAUUGAGGCAACUGGAGCGACAGAGACUGUUGCCCAUGCAACUACAUUGAGCAGAGUGCUAGUCCGCAGUAAUGCAAUGUAGCGACUACCAGUGGAAAUG